UACGCUUUUGAAACUUACCAACUUAAGCCAAGAGAAUGAAAGGAUAGAGAGUUGCUUGGCAAACAACAUCCCACAUUCAACUUGUUUGCUUGCUUAGCGGGAAUCAAAAGCACCAACAAAAAUGAAUGCAUAUGAAUGAAUGAAUGAAGAUUUCAAAAUCGAGUUUUUAUUUCAUCAACAGACGGCCGUAUUCAGUUUCAGUAGUCAACCCCAACCUCACUACCUGGUUCAGCAAAUACGUGGACAAAAACGAUGUCUCUUCCUGGAACUCAGUCAUUGCCGACUUGGCUCGGAGCGGUGAUUCUGUCGAAGCCCUCCGAGCAUUUUCUUCCAUGCGAAAACUCUCUCUCAGACCAACCCGCUCCUCCUUCCCUUGUGCCAUCAAAUCCUGCUCAGCUUUGCUCGAUCUUCACUCCGGCAAGCAAGCUCACCAGCAGGCUUUGGUCUUCGGCUUUGAGUCCGACCUUUUUGUCUCCUCUGCCCUCAUUGAUAUGUACUCCAGGUGCGGCCUAUUAUCCGAUGCAUGGACACUGUUCGAUCUAAUUCCUCACAGAAAUGUGGUUUCUUGGACCUCCAUGAUCACCGGCUGUGUCCAAAACGACCAUGCCCACCAAGCCUUGUCUCUCUUUAAGGACUUGUUGAUUGAGGAAAUUGACAAUGAGGAUGUUUCUUUAGACCCUGUUGUUGUGGUUUCUGUUUUGUCGGCCUGUUCUCGUGUAUCCAGGAAGGGACUUACACAAUGUGUUCAUGGGUUGGUGGUGAAGAAGGGUUUUGAUGAGGAUUUAUGUGUUGGGAAUACUUUGAUGGAUGCAUACGCCAAAUGUGGCGAUCCCAGUCUGUCUAGGAAGGUGUUUGAUGGGAUGUCUCAAAAGGACUUGGUUUCUUGGAACUCCAUGAUCGCAACCUAUGCACAAAGUGGAUUAUCUUCCGAGGCAUUGGAAGUCUUCCAUGGCAUGGUAGAGGAUGGUGACUUCCACUACAAUGCGGUGACGUUGUCAGCUCUCUUAAUAGCUUGUGCGCAUUCUGGGCCUCUGCUGGUUGGGAAGUCUAUACAUGAUCAGGUUCUAAAAAUGGGCUUGGAAGAGAAUGUGAUAGUGUCUACCUCUAUUAUCGACAUGUAUUGCAAAUGUGGAAAAGUUGACAUGGCAAGGAAGGCAUUUGAGUUCACAAAUGAGAAGAAUGUCAAGACAUGGACUGCCAUGGUUGCAGGUUAUGGAAUGCAUGGCCGUGCCAAAGAAGCUUUGGAACUCUUCUACAACAUGAUAAGGGAUGGCAUCAAACCAAAUUAUAUAACAUUUGUGUCGCUUCUAAAUGCUUGCAGUCAUGCAGGUCUACUAAAAGAAGGCUGGUAUUGGUUUAAUACCAUGAACCACAAAUUUGGUGUAGAACCUGGGAUUGAGCACUAUGGGUGCAUGGUUGAUCUUCUUGGGCGUUCGGGUGAUCUUAACAAGGCUUAUGAUUUAAUAAAGGGAAUGAGGGUGAGACCAGACUGUGUAGUAUGGGGUUCCUUUCUUGGGGCUUGCAGGAUACACAAAAAUGUGAUGUUUGCAGAGAUUUCUGCUAGAAAACUGUUUGAGUUGGACCCAAAUAACUGCGGGUACUACAUCUUGCUUUCAAAUAUAUAUGCUGAUGCCGGAAGAUGGGAAGAUGUCGAGAGGAUGAGAGUGCUCAUGAAGAAUCGUGGGUUGGUUAAACCUCCUGGAUUUAGUUUGGUCGAACUGAAAGGUAAGGUUCAUUUAUUUUUAGUUGGAGAUAGAGAGCAUCCUCAACAUGAGAGGAUUUAUGAGUAUCUGGAAAAACUAACUAUCAAGCUGCUAGAAGUUGGUUAUGCACCCAAUGUGACUUCAGUUCUACACGAUGUUGAUGAGGAAGAGAAGGAAAUGGUUGUUAGAGUUCAUAGUGAGAAGCUGGCUGUUGCCUUUGGAAUCAUGAAUUCUGUACCUGGUACAACAAUUCAGAUAAUCAAGAAUCUUCGAGUUUGUGCUGAUUGUCACACUGUUAUUAAGUUGCUUUCCAAGGUCGUUAAUCGGGAAAUUGUGGUCAGAGAUUCAAAGCGAUUUCAUCACUUUAGGGAUGGGUUGUGUUCUUGCGGAGAUUAUUGGUGAUGGCUCUGUUAAAAGUUUGGAUUGAUAAGCAAUAUUGGCUUGAUAAACGGCCUUAGGCAUUGAUAAGGUGUUAAGAAUCAUAGCAAUGCAGAACUGCAGCUAUCAUAGGCAUUGAUUGAAAGAACGGCUUAUUAGGAAUGGGCUUCAUAUAUUUUGCUUCAGUUUUGGUGAGACUGAAUGCCACUUGUGAUACAAAUGUUUUUCAAUGAACAGAAGACAGUAAAUUAUAUAUGUAAACUAGGAUUCUUGUCCUGAAACCACAAACCACUAUUCUACCAAGGACAUAAUGAUCAUGCUUGAGAAGAUGGCUUAUUAAGGCAAUGAAGGUUCUAGUUCUUGAAGAGCUCUCUCAUUUUGCAGUUUCACCUUCGACCACAUGAUUCAGAGAAACAGUAUCAGGAUAGGAACCAAAUCCUCUAAUUCUGAAUCUUCAGACAUUCUACAGCUCUUGUGUUAUUUCUGGUGCUGCUAAUGAAUGCUAGAAGUGGGAAGCAAAUGAAUGAGGUUUUUGGUAUUGUUGAAUUAUGAUUUGA